UGAAGGUAUAGAAAACAACCCACCACUUUUGUCUUUUUGCCCUGUGUAAAGGUCCAUUUCACCUUCAUUGACAGCUUCUAGCUGUCUUCUACUCAGUGAAAAUCAGAGAAUUUAUGGUUAUUUAGAUUUCCAGAUGGUUGUGUGGUGAGAAUUAUCCUGGCUGUAUUAAAUGGACUUUGUUUUUCUUUUAUUGCUCUAUAUUAACUUGUUUGGUAUAUUUGUUGGUUUUCCCUCUUUCUAGUGUCUGUAAUACCUUUUAUUUUAAUAUAAUACUUAUCUUGCCAAAGAAAAGCUGACUGUGCUUUCAAUGUAGCAGCUUUCAUAAUGUUUUAUGGGUAUAUCUGUUCUUUGUGGUGAAAUCUGUUUGGCUCAGAAAAGCACCAGUGGUUUCUCAGGGAUCUAAAUUAAAACAGCUGAUCCCCAGUUUGCCAUUUAUUAAUUAGUUCCCAGUUUUAUUUUUGGUUAGCAUCCUUCAGUUUCUUUCUUCUUGCUUGCUUCCAGCAAUGGAGUCUUCCCAAAUGUUUGGAGGUACAGAAGAAUGUCACAGCAGUGAAUCUGGGUGGACAAUGUAUAUUGGCUCCCCCAUUUAUGGUGAUGAUGAUGAUGAUGAUGAUGGUGAUAACGGUACUCAUGAUGAUGAGGAUCAUGAUGGCGAUGAUGAUGAUGAUGAUGAUGGUGAUCGAGAUGAUGAUAGUGACGAUUCAAUGGCUUCUGAUGCUUCUUCAGGCCCAAGUCAUUCAUUGGCUGUUUUCAAGCACGAGGAGGAAGAGAAUGAUAACAAGCAUCGUUUAGAGAAGAAAUCAGAUAAACAAAAACACAAGGCGAAGGUGCAGAUCAGAGCUCAAAGCAUAAAGGAAGAAAAAGAAGAUCAGAGGGUUUUCAUGGCAAGAAAAGCUAAUAAUAUUGCUUCAGCUCAGAGUGGUGCCAUUGCCAAGGUAAGAAAAAACAUCUGGAUGGGCAAAAGAUCAAAAUGAAACAUGUUUUUCCACUUCUUGAGGAUGCUUUGUAGGAUGGGCUGGAAAAAAAAACUUCACCAUGCUCAUAUAUAUUCCAAAGCUUGAUCUUUUGUAAAAGUUGAAUCAAGAAUUACCAUGUUUGUCAGAGAGACAGACAAACAGCAUGAUGUUCUUGUGGAUGUCUUUACAUGAGUUUCGAUGUGUUGCAUAACACCAUAUCCAUCCAUAUGAGCCUCAUUAAUGCAGCUUAUGAGCAGGAAAACUGCAACUCAUAGCACAUAUGAUUUUCGAAGCAGGAAUACUAAUGUUGGUAGACAUGAGCAGAUCAAGAGCUCUCCAAUCUGUCAAUAUGCUCGUGCAAAUACUCCUAGCUAUUAAGGCUUGAAGUAUGUGAGAGAUUUAUGCAAGACUUCGUCUAAGCAAAUGAAUCACUGCGUGUAUGAUUAGGAAAACUGCAAUCUAUGACAUAUUUAGUUAGGAAUUUUAUGAGCUUUGUCAUAUAUUAUUAUGUUAGA